AGAAAAUACAAAACCAAUUGGUUGUUUCCGAAAAUUAAAGGCUUACCGGCUUUAAAUGGCUGCCAAAAGCACAGAAAAGGAAAAGGUCGAUGGCCAGGAGCCUGCCACCCCGGUGGAAAAACCAGAUCCCGUCGCAUCCACUGAUCCCGCCGAGUCAAAGACCAAGGAACCGGCAGAGGAAACUACAACACCGGCUAAAAAGGAUGGAGGUCGUAAAAGAAAGCGGCAUUUGUUUAAUUCCAUUCGCGGCCAAAUGGAGUUCUACUUCGGAGACGCCAACUUAAGCAAGGAUCGCUUUCUGCGGCGCUAUGUUGAGCAGGAUCCAUACGUUCCACUAGAUAUUUUUCUUACUUUCAACAAGAUCAAGACACUCACUCAGGAUGUGCAGCAGAUAGCUAAAGCGCUGAGCAACUCACAACUCCUAGAACUGGAUGAGACCAAGCUUAAAGUCAAGCGAAAGACACAGCUUCCGGAGCAGCGCGAUGUUAACGAUAAAACGCUGUAUGUGGAGGCUCUGCCCGCAAAUGCCAGCCACGAUUGGCUUAAGGAGGUGUUCAGUCGGUAUGGACCUGUGGCCUAUGUCUCACUGCCUCAUUAUCCUGGAUCGAAGAAAAUCAAGGAGUUCGCCUUUAUCGAAUUUGAGAAGAGCGGCUCCGUGGAGAAGGCUGUAAAGGCAUUUGCCCAGAUUCAGGGCGUUUUAUCGAUGGAAACAGAUCCUGGCGAGUUGGCCAGCGUGCGUUCCUUCCAGCAACAGCAGCAGCUGCAACAAAAAGCCGAACAGCCGCAGGUGGAGAACGAUCCGGUUGAGCAGCCCAAGCGAAAUCCCAAGAGGGAGGCUACCGACAAGGAUCGCGAUGAUGGAAACGAGGUAAAACGAGUAAAGCUGGAAGAAGACAAACCCAGCGAGACGUCUACAGCAGAGGAGACGUCCAGCGAAACGGAUGCGGAGGUCACAGCCGAAGCUUCCGAGCAGGAAGAAAAUAAAGAGCCAACCGAGGGCGACGCUGCUGCCAAGAAGCGUCGUCGCAAGCGCAAGAAAAAGCCGAUAGUAGACAAGCCGAACAUCGAGCCCAGUGCUCUGGAGCUUAAAGUGCUGCCCAAGACGAGUUGGAGCAGUUUGCGCAACAAGUACUUGAAUCUACAGCGUCGUCUGGUCAGCGAGGCCAAAAGCAAGCUGUGGCGGGAGAGUCACCCGCAAAACCAGCAGCACCAUCAUCAUCAUCAGCAGCAUGGCCAUCAUCAAAACCAUCCAAAACCUUCGCAGCUUCCAGAGGCCGCCAAGGAGGAUGAAACCGGAGCCGAAGUCCUCAGCGAUGGGGGCGAGGCAGCAGGAGAUGCCGUGCCUGUGCCGGCCAAGCGGCGCAAAGCGGUGCAUAAGAUGAACAUGAAUUUCUACGGCGCUGGCGGUGUGGAAUCCACGAAAUCCGAGGAGCCCUCGCAGGAGCGGACGCCCCUAUUCAAGUACGAGCCCGGACUGAUUGUCGAGUGCGCUCUCCUCGAACCUUGCACCAAUGUCAAAGAGUUUAAAGCUGACAUGCGCCAGUAUUCGGAUAUAAAGUAUGUGGACAUUAAGGAGGGUGAUCAGGUCGCUCAACUGCGCUUAGCUACUCCAGCCGCUGCUGAGGAACUGGUGCGGCAGGUCAACUGUGCCGAGAGGCAGCUGAAGGUGUUAUCCGGCCAGCAGGAAGUGCUCUACUGGCGCAAAAUCGAGCAGGAUCGCGAGGCGAAGCUCUCGAAAAAGGUGCGCGUGCAGCAGAAGCGCGGUCGUGAGAAGGUCUCCAAACUUCUGGCAAAGCACAUCAAGUUCGAUGAUGGUGAUGAUGAAGUACAGGCGGCUUCCAUGGACUGAGAUAGCUGUCGGCUGAGACUGAACCUAUUUGCUUAAAAUGAACCUAUGGUUUUUAAAAAUGUUUUUUGUUUUUAAUUUGAAAAACAAAUAUGUUAUGUAUGCUGGUAAAAACUAGCAUAAUACAGAAGCAGUAGUACAUUUAGUAAUAAAAAUACUUCACAAUGAA